AUGUCAUUGAGCAAGCCGGUACCGUAUGAAGCCCAAAAAUCAAUAUUGUCAUUUAUGGAUCCAAUGGUUAGACUGGAAUUCGCUCAACGCUGUCCUUCAAUUCGAAAUAUCAACAAAUUAAUUCCUCAAAAAUUUGAAUAUUUCGAAACGGAUGAAUCGUGUUUUGAAGUGAACCAAACGGUGAUAAGAAUGGGAAUUAUCAAAUUGUACAAAAAUGGAAAAACGCCAAAAUGGAUUAUGGAUGAGAAUCGCGAUGGAGGCUCAAACGUGGAUCUCGAUCGUUACGGCCUGUCGUAUCGAUUCCAGUUUGGGCGCGACGCGGAAUAUAUUGGAUUUAUAAAAGAGUGCCUCAAAAAGCACAGUAUGACGGAAAUCGAAAAAGCAAGAAAACUAGAAGAAUUGGCAGCUAGGAAACUUCGAAAAGAUCAAAAAGAGCCGCCGUUUGAGCAAUUUUUGCAAGUGGAAUUUUUCGAAAAAUCCAAGAAUUCGGGAGAUUUGAAGCUGAAAAAUCGCGAAUUUCUGGUUUAUGAUGGGAAUCGGAUAAUCAAAAAGGCCCGGGAAUAUUUGUCAAAGAAGAUUUUUGGAGAAGCCGAGAAAAUUGAUAUCAAAACUUUUGAAAUCGGCCCAAACAUCAUGGAAAGGGCCGGAAUGGGACCAAAUCCCCACCCGAAACGGUCAUUUUACUUUGGAGACUUUUCAAUUAAAGCUGAGCAAUUGAGAAUUGAAACUCUUAUCAUUAACAAUGCCACUGGGAACUCAUUAAUCCAAUUAAGACCAUUUUUGGACCCAAAUCACCGGAUUAAGAGAAUUUUUCUAAACGAAAAUCUGCCAGAAACGGACCCCAUAAUUCAAAAAAAUGAUUUUUUGAUAAUCAAUUCGAAUUCCAUGACGAUUUUCAUUUGGAAUAGGCUGAAAAAUCGGAAAAUCCAUCUGCCAAAAGCCAGUUUUUGUGAUUUUUCUGUCCGAAGAGUUUGGGAGAGCUGGAGGAUGGAGCAACCGGAAAUCGGACGAGUUUGGAGUGUUGGAUUUGAGAAAGAGGAAAAAAUGAAGGGGAUUUUGACAUGUUUUGGGAAAAUUGAGCAAGCCGAGGAGAGAGGAACUCGCCUAUAUCUUCCAAUCAAUGAUCAAUCGGAAAUGAUGAUUUGGGGAGAGGAAACAAUGGAAAACGAUAAAGAAUGGUGCAAAUCAAAAUGGAUUGUCAAAAUUGAAAAUAUUCAGAUUUACGAUUCCAGAAUUUGA